AUGGCCAGUCAGCAGCCUCUGGACUUGCCGACUCCCUCGUCGUGCACAGCUGGCACAGGCAGUGCAAGUGUUUCGAAAGAAGUGGCGGAAGUCCAGCGCCUCUUCAAGCAGUCUGGCGUGAAGUACAGCAUGCAUAGUGCCGGAACGACAAUUGAAGGUUCGUGGGACGAGUGCAUGCGCAUCAUCGGACAAUGUCACAGCCUACUCCACGCAAACGGUGUCGUGCGAAUACAGAGCGACAUUCGCGUCGGCAGCCGAACCGACAAGAAGCAAAGCUUUCAGGACAAGGUAAAAGCUGUCAACGACCUACUGGCGCAGGACGGUCGAUGA